UUUUGGAACAGUUUGGCCUUAUCUGUGUAAGGAGGUAGUCGUUGCUUUCGCUGAAAUAAGUCGACGUCUUCAGAUACGAAAUUAAUAUGCUAAAUGUUCAAAUAUAAUGUAGAAUUAACAUUUAUAAUACCCGUAUAAAUUUGUGUAAAUAAUUACUGUAUUGAAUUUUUUAUUUGGUUUUCGUAGACUUGAUAGUGAUAAAGUUUGAAGGUAAACUCCUAAAGAAAGUGUGUUGCUGUUAUUCAAAAUGUACAAACAAAUGUUAUUUUGCUGUUUUAUCAUUUUGGCCACGUUGAGCAAUACAGAUGCUCUCAAGGGGCACUGCAAUAAGGAGGAAGACUUACUGCAGCGAUGCUCUAUGGCGCUGCCGGUCCUCAGUUCUCCGGAGAUAUCCUUUGCGCUUACCAGGGAAGAGUUGGAUAAGAGUUGCAUCGAGCUCCGCGCCGGGAUAAAGUGCAUAGACAACUACACAGAAGUGUGUAUGGAGAAGCAAGAACAAGUUGUCUUCAGGAGAAUAUACGCUGGGAUCACAGACGUGGUGCAGGAGUUGUGUGCCAGGGGUACAUACCAGGAUGAGUACUUGAAGCAUGCUGAUUGUGUUAAGACGGUGCGGUCGGAGUACGAGGUCUGCAGUAGGAAGUAUGAAACGACGUUGACGACCCUCAGUGACCACCAGAGGAGCGACCACUAUCAAACUGACCAGCAAGAUGUAGCGGCUAGUCACGAGGACUACUUGAGGAAAGUUUGUUGUUCAUUCCAAGAAUACUUGACAUGUUCUGAGCGCACUGUGCUGAGGACCUGUGGUAGGGAGGCGGCUAACUUUACCAGCGACUUCCUAACGCGCAUGUCUUCUAAUAUUAUUAAGAAUUUCUGCCUUGAAUAUCGGGGGCAUGAGUGUUGGGCGCCCAGCCGGGGGAACAACAACCAAAACACAUUUUUGGCUAGCAUGGUUUUGUUAGUAACCCUAUUAUUCUACCUAGUACCGGCGUAAUGUGCGAAGUUUCAAGUUAAUAGGGUGUAAAAUCGGGACUUGAAGUGAGCCAAGUAUAGCUAUACUCAAUGAACUGUAAAUAAUGAGUGUGAACUGACACUUUCCUUGGUUACUGAUUCUGUAUAAUAGUUAAGUAUAGUGAUAUCAAUGUCAUAGUUUUGUUGCAUUUCGUCCACUUGUAGGCACAAGAUGUUUGGAAUUACUGUCUUAACGAACCUACCUCUAUUUAAAUACCUAUUGGAAUAAGUAGGUACUUGUACUUUUCGUUUUAAAUAAAAUUUUCAUUAUCAGUUGCAUUGAGGUCGUAGCCGUAAUUUUAAAAAUCACUAAUAAUAAUUCAUGUUUAAAAAAUAUUGAUUUGAUACUACUGAAAAUAGUAAAGUUACCUAUCACUAACCUUGUGCGCUCGUGGACGAAAAGCCGACUGAAUUAGAGCAUUAUCUCAAGCCCAAAUGAUAGUUUUACUAAGGAAAUUCCAUUUUGUUUUACCAAAUAUACUUAUGUUAAUGUAUUCUGAAUUUGUUGUUAAGCUUUUCAAAACGCUUUUUGAUGGCAAAUAGGUCUGCUCAAGUCGCAAAGAAAGAAUCAAGUGUUAUUUAUUUACUUACAUGAAUUAUGUAUUUUUUAUUAGAUUUGUAUGUAGAUUAACUUAAGUUUUAUUGUGUAAAUAUUAUGUUAGGCUGGUCCUCUAUUUGUCUUUUGCUAUAGAUCAUGAAGUUUAAAGAUAGUCAAGGCUUACAAUAAACUUCAACAAGAUUUUUAGUCUAUACCUGUAGGCUCUGCACGGCAAAUACGCCGCCGCGGCGAGAUUUUAUCGAGAGUUUUAACCAAUAGACGCUGCGAAUUGGAUAGACGUCGCUCGCCUAUUGGUCAAAGCCGUCGAUAUAAUUCGCACAGCGCGUGACGCGUAUCCCGUUCCUGAUUACUCAGAAAUCAGAAUCAUUUAUUCAACAUAAUUAUCAUAGAUAACCUUGUUGUAGGUCUUUUUAACAUAUAUGAAUCUACAUCAUUUCGCAAGGUGUUAUGGCUGCGAAGAAGAAAUGACUGGAAACUCAGAAGCUUAGAUUAUGGAUGUCAGAAGUUUAUUCACUGUGUGGGCUAAUGCAGGUCAUAGUUACCACAUCAUCGUUUGCACUAGCCUGGAAGAUUUAUUUUAGUCUCUAAGGACCGGUUUUUGGUUAGUUUAUAGCCUUUGAUGCAUAGCAUUGAAUAAUCAAAAAUCAGCCUUAAAAGGAUGUCAGUCCUUAUAGCUCAGAACAUCCUGUGAUAGCUUGUAGACGCAAGAGUAUCAUGAUUUAGUAAUUUAUUUUCCAUUAUCUAGUUUUAAGCGUUUUAUAUAUUCCUAUACGACGUCGGAUUUUAUUAUGUUAUAAAUUAGGUAGUUGUCAUAUCUAUUGAACUUUGUAAAUAGAUUUUAAUAGUUGUUGAAAUAAAGAUUUUACACAAAUUGAAAUUAAUAGACAAAAUGUAUACAAAAAUAAAUAUAAACUGCAUUGUAUUUUUAAAAUGUUGGUAUCUAGGUGAUUAAUUUUUGAAAAAAACAUAUUCAUUAAGUACGUAUAUAUCUUUUUGUCAAACGCGGCAUGUAUGUAUGUCCUAAAAUAUAUAUUUUUUAAUAUAAACACAGUGAAUUUAAUCAUUUGACUAUUUAGUCUGUAAAUUUUAAAGGAUCUAGAAAUUGCAUAAAUGUGAAUAGAUAUAAACUGAAUUAACUUUCAAUGCAUAUUUUAGUUUUUAAUAUUAUAACUACUUAUAAUCAAUACAUUUUUGUUAAAAUGAAUUGUUUCUAAAGGUAUUUGGUACAAUUUAAAGUGCCGAAAAUGGCAACACUAAAGUUGGUGUUGCCACACCAAUAUGGUUUAUGUUGCUAUUUUCCCACAAAUUAGAUUGUAUUAAGUAUUUAAAAAAAAAGUUUUAGUAAUGAUAUCCCGUUUGUAUUUUACAGUAAUGUUGUCGUAAAAUUGGCUGACUAUCACAAAAAUGGUUUUAUUCCUUUAACAAGUUAAUAACUUGACAUGUAUUUAUCGCCACUAUACAAUAAGUUGGCGGGAAUACUGGCAUUUGUACUUUCUUUUUUUUUUCAAUUAAAAUCGUUUUGUUAAUUUAAUUUUUGCUUGAUAGUAUAAAAAAUAUAUUACAAAAAUAUAUAUUUGAAAAUAUAUUGCAAUACUUUGUUGUUUUUUUAGUUCUCUAUUUAAAUAUUUUUAUUUUUAAAACUAAUGAAUUAUUUUUAUUGCUAGCCGAUUUUGCGUCUUAAUUGCUUUACAGUCAUACCAUGUACCAGGGCAACUAACUAGGUCCUUACAUUUCAUAAAUAUCUACAUAUCAUUACCAUUAUAAUUUUAAGUUAGAGGUCGUGCUAAGCAUGCCAAUAAGUACUGUAAAUAUGUAGCAAGUUUGUUAAUACAUAUUAUAAUUGUAUGAAAUUCCUAUGAGUUAUUUAGUCAAUCCGCAUCCAUAGAUAAAAUGAAUUAAAAAACUUAGUCUUCUAGAGAUUAUUCGGUUAAAGAAUAAAUAAUUUGCUUUUUACGGA